GCAUAGCAUCUGGAACCGUAUCAGAUACUUCCGAAGUAGAAGGCGAAGGUAGUGUUGAUCACUCUCAAAUGCAUCAACAGCAGCAGCAGCACUCCCAACAAGAACAGCAGCAGCAACCGCCGCAACAACCACCACCGCAAUCAUCACCAACGCUGCAACAAUUGCAAGCUCAGCAGCAACAACAAUCACCAUUCCCUCAACAAUCACAACAAAUAUCUGCUGCCGCUUCACAAAAUAAACAACCGAUCACCAAAAGAUCAGAUGAAGAAGAUAAAGAGAGAAUUAUAACUACAUCAACAUUUAAAGUAGGAGAAGUCAUAAAUUAUUUUUGUCCCACUUCUACUAUUCCUCCUAUUUCUCCACCAACUACAUCAAAAUCAGUGAACAAACUGUGGUUAAAGCUUCAUGUUCGAUACCGAUGGAACAUUCCAACCACAAGCUGCAACCGACCAAUUAAAUUUUAA